AUGUUUUUGACACUCUGCAAUGUGCUCAAAGCAAAGGAGGAUAUGCAAAAAUCUCCUGAACAGUUGGAGCAGGAAAAACGAUCAGUAUUAGCUCAACGUGUUCAACCACUUCAAUUAGACGGGAAAAACAAAGAACAAUUGAUUGAAAAGGCUAAACAAUUACACAAUUUGUUAAGUCAAUUGCAUGGUGCAAUCUAUGAAUUAACAGACCGAUUUGAGCGACAAAAGUACGAUAUGGUGGAAUUAAGUGAACGAGCCCGUCAAAUCGAAAAAGGAAAAGCUAAAACUCGUAAAUCAAAUAUUGUACAUACUGGUCUCGGUGGUGGAAUAUUUAGUGGUAUUAAUGAUGUUACCGUUCAAGCACCACCAAAAGUAUCACUAUUUUCACGAUAUGAACGAGUUACGGAUCGUCGUACAUACAAAGAUCGUCGAGGUGUGUGGGCUGAAGAAAAGAAAGCUCAAGAAUUUGUAGCUGAGCGACCAAAAGCUAAAAUAAAACAUGUUACACCACCACCAGAAGAUAAUCCAAUAAAAAAGAAAGGUGAAGCAAGAUCUAAACAGUCAGACGAACAGGUCGAGGAGGCCCAUCCACACGAAGAAGCUCCCGCUGAAGAGGAAGCGCCGGCUGAAGAAGAGCCCGCUGCAGCAGAAGAAGAGGAAGAAGAAGAAUAA